CUCCGAGGGGGAAGAGCACUCCGUGGAAAGCUUGCAGCUCUCAUGGUCCUCAAUCCACUUUAGACUUUCUCAAUCGUCUUCGUCUCCGUCUCCCUCUCUUUCGGUCCUCAAUCCGCACUAACUCAUAUCUUUGACGGUUGUCCUACCCACUCCCUCUCCCGCCAUUUGGUCGACAGAAGCUUUAGGAACAGGACAGAGGAUUAGCAUGCCCACCGGUCCAUAAAACGCUAGCAAAAGAGCAUUUUUAGGUCACAAGAAGGUAAAAGGGUUUGACUGAGGCGAGGCACGAGGUAGAGAUUGCUGCCGACGACUAGCAUCGCCGUCACUCGUUCCCGUGCCGAUCUCGUUGGAUGUCUUUUGCGUUGCCGCUACAAGGUACUCCGAAGCGGCCGUAAUCUCGGGAGAAAGGAUAAACCCUAGAUAUUACAGCCCGAAGGCGUAGGCUUUUUCUCUAUUUAGGGGUGCUUACAACGCUGUCUAUCCCCGAGCCAUUCAGUUUUACAUCGUCUUCUGGUUUGGGGGGUGCGCCCCGCCCCCCGCCCCCCGCCCCCCGCCCCUGCCUUCCCCGGUUUCGUUGAUCCCCAUUCACUUGUCGCCGAUGCUGUAGGACUGGGCGGCCAUGGGCUGCAUUUCGUCGAAGAAUGCGGUAUCGGUGCCGCAGGCGUCCGAUCCCUCUGGCAUUGUGCGGGACCUCCGCGAGCGGUCGGACCCGAUCUCAGCGUCCUGGCGGGGGCAUCGGGGGCAUCUGUCAGCAAAGCAGACAGAGAAAGUUCAGCCAGAGAGAGAAGAGGGGGAUGGGAAUCGCCUUGAAUCGAGGGAAAAUGGGAAGGUGAGCACGGAUGAUACUGGCUUGCAGAACCUUCGUCUGAGGAAUCUUCACAGAUACAUAGAAGGGGAGCAAGUCGCUGCGGGAUGGCCCUCUUGGCUCAGCGCCGUGGCCGGGGAAGCUAUUCAGGGAUGGGUGCCUCUUAAAGCUGACUCCUUUGAAAAAUUGGAAAAGAUUGGGCAAGGCACUUAUAGCAGUGUGUUUAAAGCUCGUGAUCUAGACACCGGAAAGAUGGUUGCCUUGAAGAAGGUGCGCUUCGACAAUUUUAAGCCAGAGAGUGUUAGGUUUAUGGCAAGAGAGAUAAAGAUAUUGCGCAUGCUUGAUCAUCCAAAUAUUAUGAAGUUGGAAGGCUUGAUUGCCUCUCGAUUAUCACAGGUUCUAUAUCUUGUAUUUGAGUAUAUGGAACAUGAUCUCGCAGGACUUUCCACUUCUCCUGAUAUUGUAUUAUCCGAAUCACAGGUCAAGUGCUACAUGAAACAGUUGUUAUCCGGGCUUGAGUAUUGUCAUUCACGCAAUGUUAUACAUAGGGACAUAAAAGGAGCAAACCUUCUAAUUAACAAUGAUGGGAUUCUGAAAGUUGCUGAUUUUGGCCUAGCAAAUCUCUGUCGCCCUGGACAUAAGCAACCAUUAACUAGCCGUGUUGUAACUUUAUGGUACAGAGCACCUGAAUUACUGUUGGGUUCAACUGACUAUGAAGCUACUGUAGAUUUGUGGAGUGUUGGUUGUGUGUUUGCGGAGAUGUUUGUUAAAAGACCUAUCUUGCGAGGCAGAACUGAGGUUGAACAAUUACAUAAAAUAUUUAGGUUAUGUGGUUCCCCUCCAGAAGAAUUUUGGCAAAAGUUGAAGUUGCCUCAUGCUACAAUUUUCAAACCUCACCAUCCCUACAAAAGUACUCUCCAUCAGACAUUGAAUCACUUACCAAGAACUGUGGUUUGCUUGUUAGAGAAUUUUCUCUCUGUUGAACCUUAUAAGCGAGGUAGUGCCUCAGCAGCCCUUGAAUCAGAGUAUUUUAGAGAAAUGCCUUAUGCCUCUGAGCCCUCAAGUUUACCAAAGUACUCGCCUACUAAAGAGAUGACCAUAAAGAAUCAAGAAUCACUCAGGAGGAGAGUUUCUGGUAGUCAAGAAUCCAUGAGAAAACCAUCCGAAGUAGAUAUCAGAAAGUUAGCAGGUAGCAAAAAGGAAUUACAACUACAUGCUGAAGAAGUCAGCAAACACUAUGAUGCAGAAGAGCUUCCAAGGCUAGAUGGUGAAACCAGACUGUUUGUAGAUCUCCAGCCAAUGCCAUCGAUCAAAUGUCCAGAUGUUCAACACACAAAGCACAACCCUCAACCAGAUUUCGCUUUUUCAGGGUCAUUAUGUGUUUCUUCUUCUAGUGGCUUUUCAUGGACAAGGAGGCUGGAAGAAGACCAUGCAUAUCGUAAAUCUCACAGACAAUGUAGCUCAAGAAGCAAUCUUUCCCACAUAAAAGAUUCAUCUGGUAUCGAACAUAUCAAACACGAGCUUGAGAUUAAGGGUGCAGCAAAUAGUGAUCUGGUUGGUGGCCAAAAACGCCAUGAGUCACAGGAGUUGGCAAAAUGCACAAUACUGAAAAAGUGUUCACAACAAUCAGAACAUCCAAAAUCACUCGAUACCUCUAAAGUAUUCCGUUUGCACGACAACUCAGAGGCCUUGCACAAGGGAGAUCCAUUGUCAAUGCAACAUAAUUAUUCGGGCUUCCACAAAGAAGACAGAGUCGAGUUCUCGGGGCCUUUGCUGCCUCAGACUUGCAAGUUUGAGGAAUUCCUACAGAAGCACGAACACCAGAUUUGCCAAGAAGUCAGGAGAUCGUGGUUCAGAAGAGUAACAGAGAAAACAUAAGUGAAGCUUGUUUCCAAAGCAUGCAGAAGAAAAACAAAUAAUUUGGCUGGAGAAAAAUACAUUUGACCAACAGACUUAACAACAUGAAAUGAACUAACCCAAUUCUAAGAAGCAUGUGAUUCACUCAACUCAGUUUCUGUUGCAAACUGAAGCUCGCUCUUCAAGGUUCAAGGAGUUCAAGGUGACAAGCCAAACAAACAAGAUUCUUGCAAGUUAAAUCUUGGUGCACUGUACCAAAACCUUGAGAUUAGGCCAAAUCUCUGUAAAGAUCGAUCUACAGUCACAAAUUCCUUGUUGGCACAUAAAUUUGCACUCAUUUCUGCUGUUGUAAAAGAUUCAUGUAUUCUGAAGAUCCAGUAGUAAAUCAAGCAUUCUUUUUGCCUGUCAAAA